AUGACAGAAAUCAGCACACAAGUUAAUGUGAAGAAUCAUGAAAGAACUAAACAUCCAUCUAUCUUAAAAUGCAUUGCAACAAUACUGGAAGAGAUAGUUGAAGAAACGGACAAGUUAGAUUCUCAAUAAACAUUAUUUCAUGCAUCAAAAGUACCUGUGAUAACACUAGAAAACUAUUUGAUUCGAAUAGCAAAAUACGCAAAGUGCACAGAUGAGUGUUUCGUUAUUGCUUUGAUUUACUUGGAUAAAGUUUAAGAAUUAAAUCCAGAUAUAUUGUUGAAUAGCCAUUGUGUUCAUAGAUUUCUAAUUAUUGCAAUAGUUUUAGCAAUUAAAUUUCAAGAUGAUGAUUACUACAGAAAUGAUUAUUAUUCAAAAAUAGCAGGAAUCGCUUUAAAAGAGUUGAACCAAUUAGAAUCAGAAUUGCUGGAACUACUAAAUUAUGACUUAUUUAUUUCGAAAGAUCUUUACAAUAUUUACUUAGAAAAAUUGAAGCAAUACCAAGAAUAAUGA